AUGCCGAAGUCACACAGAGCCGGAGAAAAGAGUGAAAGUGCGGAGGCCGCUAGCAUCACCGCUGUUAGCAAGGAAGAUCUGUUAGCAGCGCUAGCAGAGCACAAGAAUUCUCUUUUAGCUGACCUCAACACAUCCCUUAAUAGAAUCGACGGGAAGCUAGAUUGCCUUCAACAGUCUGUGGAUAGUCACGACAGUCGACUGACGUCUUUAGAAGACAAUGCUGAAUCCGUAGAUGGACGUUUGGAGAAACUCGAGGCCUGCUACCUCAAGGUGCUAACAGAGAAUGAGAAGCUACGCACUAAAGUUACGGAUUUGGAAGGACGGAGCAGACGUUCCAAUGUUAGAUUGGUGGGAUUGCCGGAGUCAAUAGAAGGAGUUCAACCGACUAACUUUUUUGCUCAACUACUUCAGGAGGUAUUUGGCCGUGAUUUAUUCCCGUCUCUGCCCGAGUUAGACCGGGCGCACCGCAGCCUGGCUCCCAAACCGAAGCCCGGGGAUAGGCCACGGCCAGUCAUGGUGUGCUUCCAUCGUUUUCAGCAAAAGGAGCUGAUAAUGCGUGAGGCUCGGGUGAGGAAAACUCUGGUCUACCAGGGACACACUUUUCGACUUUAUGAAGACUACCCAUCGGAGGUUGUCACUCAGCGGAAAGUGUACAAAGCAGUCAUGUCUUCGCUAUACGAACUGGGGCUAAAGCCAGCCCUUCUGUACCCAGCUAAACUCCGUAUCACUCAAACAAACGGCACGCGCAAGUUGUUUACAUCAGUGGACGAGGCAGAGAGGUAUGUCGAAGAGGUGAACAAAUCUGUUUGA